CUUUAAUACUGAAUUCCAAGGUAAUCGUCUUCGUCAGUCAGCCCUUCAAUAGCAAGGCUGUUAUUUACCUGGUCAAAUCUGUGGGCGCAAUUCCCAAGUUUACCCUCCGAACCACCUUGAAUAAUUUUCCCCCGCCGAAAUAUUCCUAACAUUACGUCUCCUGCUCUUUACUGAGUUCACGGAGAUAUAAUUAAUAGCACCGAUACCUGCCUGCCUCACCCGUUAUUUUUCGAUACCCUUAAUCAUGUACGGGACCGCGGGCCCAGGCCCUCAAACGGGCGUAUCUACUCCCAGAUCAAACUCAUCCCUCCGACCUCUCACCAUUGUGCAUGGAUCUCUUGAGGCUUCGUUCCUCGUGCCCACCGGUGUCCAUUUCCAUGCGUCCCAACUCAAAGACCGGUUUACAGCCGGCCUCCCAGCACCCACCGAUGAAUUAGCUCUAGAUGACGAGCCAUCCUCCAUAGCAGAACUUGUUGCGAGGUACAUGGAAUUCGUAGCGCACGAAGUCGAAGAGGGGGAAGAUGAUGCCCAGGGUUCGUACGAGGAAGUCUUGAAACUCGUUCUUAACGAGUUCGAGCGAAUGUUCCUUCGAGGAAACGAUGUUCACACCCUAGCAAAGAACCUACCAGGUAUUCUCGCAAAGCAGAUUGCUGUUGUACGAUGCUAUUAUGCAGCUCGCUCGGUAGCAAAUCGUGCUAUCAGACCACAUGAGUCUGCGCUUCUGAGAGCUGCAGAUGAGGGUACUGCUGGUAUCUAUAGCAUCUUUGGUGGCCAAGGAAACAUUAUCGAAUACUUCGACGAGUUGCGUGAAGUAUAUGAGACGUACCCCUCUUUCGUCGGAGAGCUCGUCACGACAUCGGCCGACCUACUUCACACCCUUGCUCUAGACUCGAGGGCAGAAAAGCUAUACGCGAAGGGACUCGAUGUAAUGGAAUGGCUACGCAACCCGGAUGCAACUCCUGAUCCUCAGUACCUCAUUUCCGCUCCCGUGAGCUUACCCCUGAUCGGGUUGGUGCAGCUAUGCCACUAUCAAGUCCUAGGAAAGGGGCUCGGUGUACAUCCUGGAAUUCUGCGAGAUCGCAUUCGCGGCGCGACCGGCCAUUCUCAAGGUGUCAUUGUUGCAGCGGCUACCGCUGCCGCGGAUUCGUGGGAGUCAUACGAGAAGCUAGCGAAAGAUGCCCUUACAAUUUUAUUUUGGAUCGGUGCCCGUAGCCAGCAGGUUUUCCCCAAAACUUCGUUGACUCCAGUUAUGCUACAGGACUCGAUUGAUAACGGCGAAGGGGACCCAACUCCUAUGUUGAGUAUCCGGGACUUACCGCAGAGUGAGGUACAAAAACAUAUCGAUGCCACGAACCAGUAUCUUCCCGAAGAUCGUCACAUCGCGAUAUCGCUUGUGAACAGCCCUAGGAAUAUGGUUGUUACUGGCCCGCCGAUCUCACUUUAUGGUCUAAAUCUUCAGUUGCGAAAGGUUAAGGCACCAACGGGUCUCGAUCAAACUCGAAUUCCUCACACAGAACGAAAAGUUAGAUUUGUGAACCGUUUCUUGCCCAUUACCGCACCUUUCCACAGCAAAUACCUUACCGACGCAACUAAACUGAUUGAUGAGGACCUUAAAGAUGUGAAGAUCGACUCUUCGUCUCUAGGAAUUGCUGUUUACAACACUUGUACCGGCGCUGAUCUGAGAGAUGAAGUUAAGGGAGAUAUUGUCCCCUCUUUAAUCCGUAUGAUCACACGCGACCCCGUCAACUGGGAGAAGGCAACUGUUUUCCCUGGAGCAACCCACGUGUUGGACUUCGGCCCUGGUGGCAUUUCAGGACUCGGCAUCUUAACUAGCCGCAACAAAGAAGGCACAGGUGUACGUGUAAUUCUAGCUGGUACUAUUGACGGUGCCGCUCAAGAAGUUGGCUACAAGUCCGAACUCUUCGACCGUGACGAAGAACAUGCCGUGGUAUACGCAAAUGACUGGGUCAAAGAAUACGGCCCUCGGCUGGUCAAGACAUCAAGUGGUCAUACGUACGUGGACACCAAGAUGAGCAGGUUAUUGGGCGUGCCUCCGAUUAUGGUGGCCGGUAUGACGCCAGCCACUGUCCCGUGGGAUUUCGUUGCAGCAACCAUGAACGCUGGCUAUCAUAUCGAAUUAGCCGGUGGUGGUUACUAUAACGGCAAGACCAUGACCGAGGCACUGUCCAAGAUCGAAAAGGCCAUUCCGGCCGGACGAGGAGUUACGAUCAACUUAAUCUACGUCAACCCCCGUGCUAUGGGCUGGCAAAUCCCCUUGAUCGGCCGGCUCCGUUCCGAGGGUGUUCCUAUCGAAGGCUUGACUAUCGGUGCGGGUGUUCCCUCAAUCGAAGUUGCCCAAGAGUAUAUAGAAACUCUUGGGCUCAAACACAUCGCCUUCAAGCCAGGCUCUAUGGAAGCGAUCCAGGCUGUUAUCAAUAUUGCUAAGGCAAACCCGACCUUCCCGGUCAUUCUACAAUGGACUGGCGGUCGAGGAGGAGGUCAUCAUUCGUUCGAGGACUUCCACCAGCCUAUCUUACAAAUGUACCCGCGUAUUCGACGGUCGGACAACAUUAUUCUCGUCGCUGGUAGCGGAUUUGGUGGAGCCGAGGACACAUAUCCAUACCUUACCGGUGAAUGGUCUAAGAAAUUUGGCUACCCACCGAUGCCUUUCGAUGGUUGCCUCUUUGGCAGUCGUAUGAUGGUCGCUAAGGAAGCGCACACGAGCAGGGAUGCUAAGCAAGCCAUCAUAGACGCCGAGGGGCUUGACGACGAAGAGUGGGAGAAGACCUACAAGGGUCCGGCUGGUGGUGUUAUCACUGUCCGAUCGGAGAUGGGUGAGCCCAUUCACAAGCUUGCAACCAGGGGUGUCAGGUUCUGGGCAGAAAUGGACAGCAAGAUCUUUAGCUUACCAAAAGAAAAGCGCGUUGCUGAACUGAAAAAGAACAGAGAAUACAUUAUCAAAAAGUUGAACGAUGACUUCCAGAAGGUGUGGUUUGGCCGAAACAAGGCUGGCCAGACCGUCGAUCUCGAGGAUAUGACAUACGGCGAAGUUGUGCGCCGGAUGGUAGAUCUUCUCUACGUCAAGCACGAGUCACGAUGGAUUGACCCAUCAUUCACCAAGCUCACAGGUGAUUUCAUUCAUCGUGUCGAAGAAAGGUUUACUCACGGUACUGGACAGCCUUCCUACCUGCAAAACUACUCAGAACUUAAAGAGCCAUUUUCUGCUAUUGAGAGGAUUCUUUCGCACUAUCCUGAGGCUGAAACCCAGAUUAUAAAUGCCCAGGACGUCCAGCACUUCUUACUUCUAUGCCAACGUCGGGGCCAAAAACCCGUGACUUUUGUUCCAUCUCUAGACGAGAAUUUCGAGUUCUUCUUCAAGAAAGACUCGCUCUGGCAAUCAGAAGAUCUUGCGGCGGUCAUCGAUCAAGAUGUUGGGCGUACUUGUAUUCUUCAAGGCCCCACUGCUGUCAAGUACUCAACCGUGCUGGAUGAGCCCAUCAAGGACAUCCUAGAUGGAAUCCACAACGCUCAUAUCUCUAACUUAACUCGGGACAUAUACGCCAACAAACCCGAAGCCAUUCCGGUCAUUGAAUACUUCGGUGGCAAGCUCAUUGAUACCGAGGUACCAUUGGAUAUCGAAGGCCUUACAGUAUCAUAUGACCAACACAAGAAUACAUACCGCCUGUCAUCGUCGCCCGGCGUUGUUCUACCUUCCGUUGACAGUUGGCUUGCGCUGUUGGCAGGGCCAAACCGCAAUUGGCGCCAUGCGCUAUUCACUUCUGAAGUGUUGGUGCAAGGUAAUAAGUACCAGACAAAUCCGAUGAAGAGAAUCUUCGCACCAGUCCGUGGUCUUUUCGUUGAGAUUCAAUACCCUAAUGAUCCAGCUAAAACAUCCAUUAUCGUUCGCGAGCAACCGCGACACAAUCAUUACGUCGAUGUGAUUGAAGUAAAGCUGGAUGGCAAGAGUGAAAUUGUCGUUAGCAUGAUCAAGGACACCACCGCUCUCGGCCAGCCCGUGUCGCUACCACUCCGGUUUACGUACCACCCCGAAGCCGGAUAUGCGCCAAUUCACGAAGUCAUGGAAGGACGAAACGACCGUAUCAAAGAAUUCUACUGGCGUGCUUGGUUUGGAGAUGAGACUCUUGACCUCGACGUUCCCGUUACUAGCAAAUUCGACGGAGGACGAACUACCAUUACCAAGGAGGACAUCAAUGACUUCGUUCACGCCGUUGGCAACACCGGCGAGGCGUUCGUUGAUCGCCCUGGCAAGGUUAUGUUUGCCCCUAUGGAUUUCGCUAUCGUCGUCGGAUGGAAGGCCAUCACAAAACCCAUCUUCCCCCGAAAGAUCGAUGGCGAUCUUCUUAAGCUUGUGCAUCUUUCUAACGGCUUCCGUAUGAUGCCAGGUGCAGAUCCCCUGAAGAAGGGCGACGAGGUUAAGACGACGGCUCAAAUCAACGCUGUAAUUAACGAAGAGUCUGGCAAGAUGGUCGAAGUAUGCGGUACGAUCUAUAGAGAUGGUAAAGCUGUUAUGGAGGUCACAUCACAAUUCUUGUAUCGUGGUGUUUAUACGGACUAUGAAAACACCUUCCAGCGCAAAAUGGAGACGCCAAUGCAAGUCCAUCUUGGUACCUCCAAGGACGUUGCAGUCCUGAAGUCCAAGGACUGGAUCCAGUUUGACAGCAAUGAUAUCGAACUGCUUGGCCAAACAUUAACAUUCCGCCUGCAGAGCUUUUACAAGUUCAAGAACAAGACUGUCUACAGCAGCGUCGAGACCCGUGGUCAGGUGCUACUGGAGCUUCCUACCAAGGAGAUUAUUCAAGUAGCAAGCGUUGACUACGAAGCCGGUUCGUCUCAUGGUAACCCAGUUGUUGACUACCUCGAAAGACACGGUUCUUCCAUUGAGCAACCGAUCAACUUUGAGAACCCUAUUCCCCUCAGCGGCAAGGCGCCUCUACAGCUGAAGGCACCGGCUUCAAAUGAGACAUACGCGAAGGUAUCUGGUGAUUACAACCCUAUCCACGUUUCUCGUGUCUUCUCCAGUUAUGCCAACCUUCCCGGCACUAUUACCCACGGCAUGUACUCGAGUGCUGCGGUGCGAAGUCUAGUAGAGACUUGGGCAGCCGAGAAUAACAUUGGCCGCGUCCGCAGUUUCCACGCCUCGCUCGUUGGUAUGGUACUGCCCAACGAUGAUAUUCAAGUCAAGCUCGAGCAUGUUGGUAUGAUUGGUGGUCGCAAGAUUAUCAAAGUUCAAGCGAGUAAUAAGGAGACCGAGGAGAAGGUACUGCUCGGAGAGGCUGAAGUGGAGCAACCGGUAACAGCGUAUGUUUUCACUGGUCAGGGAUCUCAAGAACAAGGCAUGGGUAUGGACUUGUAUAAUUCCAGCCCCGUUGCCAAGGAAGUCUGGGAUAGGGCCGAUAAGUAUCUCCUAGAUACAUAUGGCUUCUCUAUUUUGAAUAUCGUAAAGAAUAACCCGAAGGAAUUGACUAUUCACUUUGGUGGUCCUCGGGGUAAAGCAAUCCGCGAAAAUUACAUGCAGAUGAACUUCGAGACCAUUGCUGCAGAUGGUUCCGUGAAAUCCGAACGCAUAUUCAAAGAGAUUAACGAGAAGACGGCAUCGUACACGUACCGGUCACCCACAGGUCUUCUGUCAGCAACCCAGUUCACGCAGCCCGCCCUUACCCUGAUGGAAAAGGCCAGUUUUGAAGACAUGAAUGCCAAGGGUCUCGUGCCACGAGACAGCACCUUUGCCGGCCAUUCCUUGGGCGAAUACUCCGCCCUUGCCGCGUUAGCCGACGUUCUGCCCAUCGAGUCCCUAGUCUCGGUUGUUUUCUACCGUGGACUGACAAUGCAAGUCGCCGUAGAGCGAGAUGCCCAAGGCCGAUCAAAUUACUCGAUGUGUGCUGUCAACCCUAGCCGAAUCUCCAAGACUUUUAGCGAGGGCGCCCUCCGAUACGUGGUUAGUAACAUCGCCGAGGAGACAGGCUGGCUGUUGGAGAUUGUCAACUACAACAUCGCCAAUAUGCAGUACGUCUGUGCUGGUGACCUACGCGCUCUGGACACCCUCACUGGCGUCCUGAACUUCUUGAAGUCACAGAAGGUGGAUAUUAACCAGCUUCGCCAAGACUUGAGCAUUGAGGAAGUGAAGGGGCACCUCGUUGACAUAAUCAAGGGUUGUGCUCAAAAGACUUUGGAGAAGCCCACACCCCUAGAGCUCGAAAGAGGGUUUGCUACUAUCCCUCUUAAGGGCAUAGACGUGCCAUUCCAUUCUACAUUCUUACGGUCAGGCGUCAAGCCUUUCCGAAAUAUACUCCAGAAGAAGAUCAACAAGACUUCGAUCGAUCCCGCCAAGUUAGUUGGAAAGUAUAUUCCUAAUGUAACAGCCCGGCCAUUCGAGCUUACGAAAGAAUAUUUCCAAAACGUGUACGACCUCACAGGGUCACCCAAGAUCGCGCAGAUCCUACAGGAUUGGGAUAGUUAUCAGGGAGACGUCAAUGGUGCCAACGGUGUUAACUCACCUCCUCCGCAGGUGAACGGUUACUAAAAUAUGGGUAAUAUGAGGAGGCGCUGUGGUAUUGAAAAACAGUAUCGCAUUGGCGGUGUUUUGGGCUUGUAUUCAUCAGCACCUGUGCUACUAUAUUCACGACGUUCGGAUGGAAAAACUUGGUGUUGGGUCUGUCCGCAAUAGAGAUAGGUUUGGAAUGUACCUAGCUAUCCAAACAAUGAAUUAUUUAAGAAUUUUAA